GCUAUAUGUAGAUGCUAUCGUUAGUGUGUUACUGUGUUGAUGGUGUUUUUUGUAGUUGUUUGAUAAUAAUACUGUAAUAUUUAUUAUUUAAUAGUGAAAAUGUCUUGUAUGGUUUGCAGAAAAUCGGAUAUUAGAUUGUUCAGCGUUAGUAAAAACUAUGGAACAAUAAACCAUACGGUUGGAGAUGAUUUAGCGGAAAUUUAUGGAGAAAAGAUUUCUUUGCACCUAGCCCCUGACAGUGUGGUUUGCAAUGUCUGUAUGAAUAUGCUGGACAAUAUGGCUAUGCUCAGAAAGAAUAUAUGGUCAAUAAUUACGAAUCCCUGUGAUCAACCACAGCCUGGUAAAUUCUUGAAAUUAUGGAAUAUUUUUGCUUCUAUCAAAAUUGAAGAAGACUUGAAAGAUGAACUUCAGAGAAAUCAAACUCUCACACCAUCCAAACUACUCAAACAUAAAUAUUCUGUUCCCUAUCAAAGCAAUGAGGAAAGUCAUAUAGCAGAGCGAGAACGACUCAGGAGUAUGAGCCGUGGAACCAUUGCUUCAAAUACCAGUGAAGUGUCAAACAUUCUCAAUGGAGGAACAAGAGGUAGGAAGAAGAGAAAGGGCCAUAAUUGGACCAGACCCAAAAGAGGCAGGCCUAAAUCUGUAGAAUCAAGGAGUGGGAGUCGAUCGACUAGUGAAUUGUUUUCGCGCAGUUCUAAAUCGAGAUCGCCAGCCACAAAAAAGCAGGUAACUGAUAAUAGUCGGAAAUCACCAGCGAGAAAAAAGCAAAUUGUUGAAUAUGAUGAUCAAGGCCGUCUGACUAAAAAACGUACACGAUCUGUUAGCAGAGCACAAGAAGAAGAAGAAAGAAGAGAAGAAAUAGAGGCGAAUGGAUUUACUUGCCAAGAAAAAGACUGCACUUUGUACUUCGAAGACUUAGAGGUGUUGAAUUUACAUAAAAUAAUCGAUCAUAAGUUGCUUGCUUUAUACUAUUGUGAUGAAUGUCAGCAGAGGUAUACAACAUUCCAGCAUUUGGAGAUUCACUCAAGAAUCCAUGAUGUAUUUUCAUUUGCCUGCCUAUACUGUAGGUGCGAAUUAGAAAACCAGCGCGCAUUGCAAAGGCAUCUAGACGAACAUUCCGUUUAUUCAAUUCGGUGUAAAUUCUGCGAUACAGAAUUCUUGAGCAAAUAUCUGCGAGAACAACAUGUGAAGACAGCUCACCGAGAAAAGAGAAAACGUCAUGUUCACAGAGACAAGUUGAUAAUUGCCAGAGUAGACAGUAGAAAUAGUGAAAAGGUAAAUAAUAAAGACCGAGAUGAUUUUAGAGUGGAAUACAUGUACCACACGGAUAUGGAAUAUGAGGACGAUGAUAUAGAUGUAACUGUUGAGAAUUUGAAAUUGAGAAACAUUGAUUUCUAUAUGGCUGAAAAUGAAAGGCUGGUGAAUUAUCCUGAGUUUAGUCCAGCUAGCGAUCCCAAUUUGAGGUUAACUGAUGAGUCUGAGCAUCAAUCGGCUGAUGAGCCAGACUUGUUGCUAUCAGACGAAACAGACUUCAAUCCAGCUGACAGCCCCUGUUCAAGACCACUUCAAGACCAUCUACAGUCAACUCCCCUUGAUGACCCAGAAUCAGAGUUAGUGGAAGAUUCAUUCUUCGGGCCAACUGAUGAUUCAGAAUUGUUCACAGAUUAUUCGCCGACACCAAGGUGAAUUGAUGGGAAGAGUUUUCUGGGUUACAAAAAGUUAUUUUUAUUCUUUAUACAGGAUGUCUCACCUUAACUCCCCAACGUUAUAUUUUUUUAUUGAAGUUGUAUUCAAAAAUGUUUAAAUCAGGUAGAACUUUGCUAAAAAAUGUCACUGCUUUCAAACAAAUCAAAGAUCAAUGUGAUUACAAAAAACAUUUGAGAAAGUUGUCCGAGAUCUCUCCAACUAUGCAUAUAUGAGAUGUUCGCCGAAAAAAGAAACAUGGUGUACAAGUUUUCGAGGAAAACUCGUUUAAAGUUUUGCACUGUAUUACUACUAUGUACAUAAUAUCAUUGGUCUAGGUAUCUGUGACAUCAUUCCUUCAAUCUGCGGUUGUAGUGUGGCGUUAGCUUCAGUUAUCGAGUAUGUGAUUGGGCUACAAUACAGCUGAUUAAAGUAACCUGUUCUAAAGUAACGUGCAAAGUAACCUUUUCUGAAGUAAGCGGCAUAAUAAGCACUAAUGUUUCUCUGAAACCUUGUUGAUUUUUCAACACUACUAUGAUUUUUUCAAGAGCGAUAAAUUCGUUUUUCCAACAAGUAGAUGAAUCAAAACUCUAACUGAUGAAAAAAAGUUGAAUACUACUUUUAGCAAAAAGAUACAUAAGUGACAUAAAUGAUAUCAGAGUUGUAUAUAAAGUAUAUGUUGUAUAUUUGUCACAUAUACCAAGUUUUCGUAUGUCUGUAACAUAUGAUCAUUAUUUAACCAACAGAGCUCUAUGAAAGUGGAUUUUUUGCUCUCCGAGUUAUAAAAAAGCGUAUGGAUAUUUUUCACUAAAAGUCAUUGUCACGCUAUCAAAAUCAAAUUAAAUUCCUAUUUCCGUAGUGAUCAUAUAUUUCUAUGAAAUCAACUUUUAUUUUCGAAUGAACAUAUUCACCCAAGAAACAAAAAACUCGAUUUAGUCCUGAUUUGAUAAAAUUUGUCAUGGUCUUAGAAAUGUAAACAUUUUUGAAAAUUUUUGAAAAAAAUGUCAUGCCAUUAAAUAAAAAUGUCAAUUUUUUAUAAGUAACAAAUAACAUUCAAGGGUACAUGUUACUUUUGGUAUAAAUUAAAGCAGAAAAUUCCUAUUUCAUGUAGUCCAUUGAUUUAAAAAAAAAAAACUCCUUGCUGACUUAUUUCUGUACAUAAUCUUUAAGACAAAUCUCUUUUUUAAAUAAGUAAAUUACGUGAAACCAGUGUUUACUUUUCUUAAUUGAACCCUGAACUUCUGCUUCCUGAAAAAUCGGAACCAAAUGAAAUUUCCACGCAAUAUAUAGAUCUCUAUGAGGGUUGUACAAAAUAAAGAGUUUGUGCCAUACAUAUAUCAAUACAUUCCAUCAAAUACUGCAAAAACCUAGAUCUGUAAUUAAUAAAAA